AAGAACAUUUCACAAGCCGCGCGUUCUCUGUGUAUGGCCGCAUCGCCUCCACGGCGGCGCUUGUCGGAUUUCUGAACCGCCGGAGAUGCAGAACCCCAAUGGCACCAUUCUCCAUCUCUACCACUCCGGUCAUCUCUCUGCCGCCCUCCACUUCUUCCAAUCGCUCCCUUCCUCUCCCGCUCCUGCUCCUCUUUCCGCCGCCACAUACUCCGCCCUGGUCGCCGCAUGCUCCCGCCUCCGCUCCCUCUGCGAAGGCCGCCUCGUCCAUCACCACCUCCUCGCCUCCCCUGAAGCCGGCCUUGUCCGAAAUACUGUCCUCAACAACCACCUUAUCACUAUGUACGGCCGGUGCGCUGCUCCAGACUCUGCCCGCUUGGUGUUCGACCAAAUGCCCACCAAGAACCCCGUCUCUUGGGCAUCUGUCAUCGCGGCCCACGCGCAGAACAGACGCUCCGCCGAAGCUCUUGGACUAUUCUCUUCCAUGCUACGGGCGGGGACUGCGCCUGACCAGUUUGCGCUCGGCAGUGUUGUGCGUGCGUGCGUGGAGCUUGGGGACGUUGGUGUCGGGAGGCAGGUGCAUGCACAGGCUAUGAAGUCUGGUAAUGGAAGUCACCUGAUCGUGCAGAACGCGCUUGUCACGAUGUACUCCAAGAGCGGCUUGGUCGGGGACGGGUUCUCGCUCUUUAGGAGGAUGAGGGAGAAGGACCUGAUUUCCUGGGGGUCGAUUAUUGCGGGGUUUGCACAGCAAGGUUACGAAACAGAGGCACUGCAGAUGUUCAGGGAGAUGAUUGCUGAGGGCAUGCAUCAUCCCAGUGAGUUCCAUUUUGGGAGUGUGUUUAGCGCAUGCAGUGUUCUUGGUAAUUUGGAGUAUGGGGAGCAGAUUCAGAGCUUGUCCGUGAAGUAUAGAUUGGAUCGAAAUUCUUAUGCAGGGUGUUCACUGAGUGACAUGUAUGCCCGGUGCAAGAAAUUGGAGUCUGCAAGGAGAGUGUUUUAUGGGAUCGAUGCUCCAGAUUUGGUUUGUUGGAAUUCCAUAAUAAAUGCUUGCUCUGUUCAGGGUCUACUUAAUGAUGCUAUGGUCCUGUUCUCUGAGUUGAGGGAUUCUGGUCUGAGGCCUGAUGGUAUUACAGUUAGGGGCUUGUUAUGUGCGUGUGUGGGCUGUGAUGCUUUGAAUCAUGGAAGAUUGAUCCACUCUUACUUGGUCAAAUUUGGUUUGGAUGGAGAAGUAUCAGUACACAAUUCCUUACUCAGCAUGUAUGCACGCUGUAUGGAUUUCUCCUCCGCCAUGGAUGUUUUUAAUGAGACAAGGGAACCUGAUGUUGUCACCUGGAACAGCAUUCUUACUGCAUGUGUACAGCACCAGCAUCUGGAAGUAGUCUUUAAGUUGUUCAACCUAUUGCAGAGGUCCGUGCCAAGUCUGGACAGGAUCAGCUUAAACAGUGUUCUGAGUGCUUCUGCUGAGUUGGGUUACAUUGAAAUGGUUGAACAGGUCCACACAUAUACCUUCAAGGCAGGCCUGGUGAAUGAUACAAUGCUGAGCAAUGGUCUAAUUGAUACUUAUGCUAAAUGUGGAAGUUUAGAUGAUGCCACUAAGCUCUUUGAAAUGAUGGGCACCAACUGUGAUGUAUAUUCUUGGAGCAGUUUGAUUGUUGGCUAUGCCCAAUCUGGCUAUGCAAGGAAAGCCCUUGAUUUAUUUGCGCGGAUGAGAAGCCUGGGGAUCAGGCCAACUCAUGUAACGUUUGUUGGGGUUCUCACUGCAUGCAGUCGUGUUGGUUUUGUAGAUGAAGGCUGCUAUUACUACAGUAUUAUGGAGCCUGAACAUGGCAUUGCUCCAACUAGAGAGCACUGUUCAUGUGUCAUUGAUUUGUUGUCACGUGCUGGGAGACUAACUGAGGCAGCAAAGUUUGUUGAUCAAAUGCCAUUUGAGCCUGAUAUAGUAAUGUGGAAGACCCUUCUUGCCGCUAGCAAAACACAUAAUGAUGUGGAGAUGGGCAAGAGAGCAGCAGAAGGCAUUUUGCGCCUUGAUCCUUCACAUUCAACUGCGUAUGUCUUGUUGUGCAACAUAUAUGCGGCUUCUGGUGAUUGGGACGAGUUUGCAAGAUUGAAGAAGGCAAUGCGAAGCACUGGUGUUAAGAAAUCACCAGGGAAGAGUUGGGUUAAGCUCAAGGGGGAGCUAAAAGUCUUUAUAGUAGAGGACAGAUCACAUCCAGAGUCUGAGGAAAUAUACACAAUGCUGGAGUUAGUUGAAAUGGAAAUGAUAAAAGUUGGUUAUGUUCCAAAGCUGUUAUGUGAACAUGAUAAUUUUGACCACACAUAUAGUGAUAUGUCACAUGAUGAAAUGCUAGCUGAAUAUGGUUGAUUCCAAUCUUCUUGGAGAUUUGAUAAAAUUGUCCAAUCUACAAAAGCUGCAUGAAGCUUGCCUUUGUGCUAUAUUUGAUAGCUUAAGACCAGCAGUCUGUUCCUUUCACGUAAAUAAAUGGAAAGAAAAGAUAAGCCUGUGACCAGAUGCUGUUUUUUUUCCAUUGUCUUGAUCCUUCCUUUGGCUUCAAGAUGUGAGGAGAAAUAUGUGUAACCAGGUGGAUUGAACAGUGAACCUAGCUAGCCUGCUGAGGCAGCUACAUAAGCGACCUUGCUAUUUGAUACAUAAAGGGCAAGUUUAAUCAGUUUGAGUGACCACAUGGUUUUUAUAAUAGGAUUGUAGUCAUGGAGCGAGAUAUUGGGUUACUGGGCAUGAAUCUGAGCUCGCAGUGUGGCGAAAGACUGGUCUCUUAAUCUACCACUACGAAUCUCUUCGUUGUUAAGGGUAUCAACCUGUCAGCAUGAAUUACUAGCUGAAGGAAGUUAUGAGUAACACAUCUCAUGCAGGCUAGCUAUACAGAUAUUUUUAUUUGGUGAAGAGAACAUCUACAGAAUGAAUUCACCAAGGGGGCAACGGAGAGGCAUGUAGCAACAUGAUGAUGGCGAAAUGUAAAAAAAUUCAGCAGACGUAAGUUCACAGCAUUACUUUUUUCAGGCGGUAUUUGUAACUGGAUGAGUAUUCAGAACAUACCACAACAGGAGUGGUGUAUUUGUGGGCGAAGACACUGCGGUUCGUAAGGAGUUGAUCCACAAAGGGGCCAGUUGCGAACAGAAUUGCUGCUUGGUAAGGUGCAGAUUGGUACAACAACUGCGUUGAGGAGACCUUCAGUUUCUUCUGUAUUGUGUUCGUCAGCUUCAUUCAAAUUCAGAUGACAAUGGCAACUGAAGAUGCAACAGAGAGUGCGAGGGACCCAAUCACACCGAGCUGUAAGCCAGCUGUCAUCUUGACCAGCUGGUGUUUCGCUUAUCUGAAGUUACACUAUUCAUAAAGAGAGUUAGGUGCAAGGUACACAUGCUACGUACACACCAAAGAACAUAGUCUACUAGUAACAUGAAUUAAUUGCUUUUCUAAGACCGUAGAGUUCCUAAAGAAAUGGUGUGGCAGUGUCAGUUCUUUUAUGCUACAUGUGACUAUGACUUUCUGUUUUCAUAUGAAAUAGAACACCAGCUUAAUUUGUCUUGAUGUACAAGAUAACAUGACUACAUGAGAACUGAGGGGCCCAAGUUAGGUUGAGUCAUUUGGGUGCUAGGUAGUAUUUGAAUAUUUAUUAAUGUCCUUAUCAAUGUCCAGGGAGAGGAAUAAUUGUGAUAGUUGAUAUUUGUCCUAGAACGGGUCAAAGUGAUAGCUGGCCUAAGUCGUCGACAGGAAUUAUAACAGUCAGAUGUUAUCUUUGUUAAGUUUGUUAUAUCAUGAUAAUGCUUAAGAUUAUUAUGGGUCACAUAAAUUUCAGAGAACCAAGCUUCAAAGCAACCAGCAUCUCGAUAUAUUUGCAGCACACUACUUGUACACCAGAUCAGAACAAUCAUUAACACAUUACUGAUUACAAAGGAAGCACAAGAAACUACUAAGACUAGCAAGUGAGAUAUGCCUAUGUAUUAAUUACUCCCUCCGGUUGAUAAUAAGUGUCAUGGUUUUAGUUCAUUUUUAGUCAAAUUUGAACUAAAACCAUGACACUUAUCAUGGAUCGGAGGGAGUAAUUAACUAUCAGAUCCAGAACAUGGGGUAUGAAUGUUAAAUAUCAUUUUUUUUCUGUUAAACAUGCCUGUAUAUUGUCCUCUAUACGUUAUACCGGACCUAACUAUUGCCUUUUUUUGGACCUAUAACUAAUCUGGAGAGUUGGUACUUGCCACCUACUGGGCUGUUUCUGGGAGGGUACAAUAAUCGAAGGUGGUUCCAGUUGCUCUCAAAUGAUUGACUACUUUGGCAAGAUGUCACUAAAAUGGCCAAAUAGAAGAAGAAAAACACAUUGAAGCCCAUGUGUUGGUCACUUCUUAAGCAUUAUGUUAGUUGAAAUGAUUUUAAAUAAUAAGGGGAAUACACGCCAUAAAGUCAAGCUUUUAUCUGGAAGGGGAAUUUUUCUGAUUCAUGCAUCGCAA